CGUUCGCCUUAGUUCCGCGCCGGGUGCCACGACAGUCGCAUCGACUCGAGUUUACGUGCGCGCGCGCGCGUGCUUCCAAAAAUCUUUCUCUCUCUUUCUCUCUCUCUCUCUCUAUCUGUCUCCCCUCCCAACGCGGAUCGAGCAGUCGAGCGAGAGGAAAACAGACGGCAGAAGGAAAGCCAGGGGAACUCGCGGAGACACGCGAACCUGACAUCCCGACGACCCGGUUCGAGCACCAAGCCCAGCAGCUCUCCGUGCACGAUUUACCGUGCUCGUUUUCCCUGUGCAUCGGUUUCGUUACAUCGUACUGUUGUUUCUCACGAACGGCUCGGCCACGACUCGGACGACGACUUGGACGACGACUUGGACGACGCGCGCGAUACACAGGGGCCCAGCUAUCGACGCGGGCAACCAUCCGAACGCCACGAUGUGCUGUGUGUGUGUACUGUGCAGUGUCUUCUUGGUGCUAACUUAGUGAUAACGAUAUUGAAACACGCCCACAGAGCGACGAGACGCCGCGCGGCGACAUACCGCGUCACUCGGAAUUCAUAACUGUUCAGAAGGCGGGGUCAGAGACAAAUUUUCCUCGCGAUCGUGAACGAAGCGCCAGGAUCACCUAUGACCUGGCCGAGCGUCUUCAGUAGGACCACGCUUCCGGCAGAGAGGCGUUUUUGGCAGCGUUCCUAAUCCCCUUUCCAUUUCCCUUCCCCCUCGCGUCCCCCUACCCCCGUGCAUCCUUCCUGGUUCUCCCCCUGCUGGAGCAACCCUCUCUGAACGAUCCGAUCGUCGACCUUUCACCCUUCCGCUAGUCGCAAGAACAGCAUUCUCGACAGGAUGGACAUGAGCAGCGAGUCGAGCGCGGCUAGGUGGUACGAGCCCCCUAGGUCCACGCUGGAGCCGCCCUCGGGGGGCGCAGGAGUCGCCGGAGUCGUCGGCAAUCCCACCGAUUACAGGGGUUACUACCCCCACGCAGGACCAACCGCCCAUCACCCCGCAGCCGCCGCACAUUACGCUCACACAAGGAUGUCGAGCAGCGGCGUGACGAGCGGACCGGUGAGCCAGGUCUGUCGGCCGCACUUCCACAGUUCCGUGCUGCAUCCGUGGCUAUCGGGCAGCGGGGCGGACACCUCGAAGACGCCCUGGGGAUUCCCGACGACGACAGGCUCGAGCGGCGGCGGCGCGGUCAGCGACGAUAAACCGCAGAGCCCCCUGGGCUCGUCCCUGCCGCCGACCACCGGCAGCCUGUCGAGUCACGGCGGUGCCGGGGCUGGCCACCAUCUGUUUUCCUUCCCGCCGACGCCGCCGAAGGACGCCACCCCCGACAGCAUCACCGCCAGCACCACCUCCAGCACUACCAACAAUAAUAACAACAACACCAGUAGCGCGAACAACAACAACAACACGAGCAAUCCUCUGUCAGGGUUAGGUGGCGGAGCGAGCAGCGAGUAUCAGGCGGCGGUGGCCCACGCGGCGGCGAUGGGCGUGUUCAUGCACCAUCAGGACGCGCUGGGUGCAGGGGGCGCGAGCUCCUGCGACGUAAAACCGAGCGUGAUGCUAGGCCACCAUCACGGAGCACCAUCGCCGCCGCAUCAGCAACACAACGGGACGACGAACACAGGAAACGCUGGGAACGGGACGAACGGCGGAGCGACCGGUCAGGUGAAGCAACGAGAAGAGGGCCGCGAGUGUGUGAAUUGCGGCGCAACUUCCACGCCUCUGUGGAGACGAGACGGCACUGGUCACUACCUCUGCAACGCUUGCGGGCUCUACUACAAGAUGAACGGACAAAACCGACCUCUCAUCAAGCCGAAACGACGCCUGAGCGCGGCGAGGCGGGCGGGCACCAGCUGCGCCAACUGCAAGACCGCGACCACCACGCUGUGGCGGAGGAACCAGGCCGGGGAGCCAGUCUGCAACGCGUGCGGCCUCUACUACAAGCUGCACAACGUGAAUCGGCCGCUGACGAUGAAGAAGGAGGGCAUUCAGACGAGGAACAGGAAGCUGUCGUCGAAGAGCAAGAAGAAGAAGGCCGGCGGCUGUCUAGGACUUGGCGGCGUCAUGGGCGAUAUGAUCAAGGCCAGUGGUCACCUCGAUCUCGACAACAAGCCCUUCCAUUCUGGCUUCGGCUCGCCCAUGAGCACGUCGCAGCAUCAUCACACGAUGCACCCAGCGAUGCAACACUACAUGUACCACACGGGGGUGGGAGUGGCAGGUGGUCUUCACCAAGGGUUCGCGCCCCCGGCGCCUCCACCGAUCCAUCCCCACUCGCACUCACACUCCCAUUCCCAUCACAUGACGAGUCUUCAGGGUCUCCAGCUGGCCGCCACGACGAACGCGAUGACCGGUUGGCGAUCGGAGUACACAUGAAUCGCGAGUGAUCAGCAGCUCAGGACGCAGCCCACCACUCUAAUCUCGUUCUAACGUAAUCGCGAGCUCGAGCUCUCCUCUCUUUCUCUCUCCGCGAACGAUACCGAGAGACGUUCGAGAGGCGCACACGGACGGAAAAAAAGAGAACGACGCGAACGAAAAAAGAAAAAAAAGAAAAAAAAAGAGAAAUUAACGCACGAGUCGCGAACCAUUUAGAACGUGCGUUGCCCCCCUUUCUUCUUUUUUUUUCUCCCUUCCUCCCUUCUUUCUUUUCGUUUCUCCCUCUCUCUCUCUCUCUCUCUCUCUCUCUCUCUGUGUCAUCUCGCAUCUGUCCCCUUUCGUUUCGCGGUCUCGCGUCGCUGUAAAUAUGUAAAGUUUCGCACAAAAGGUAGGGCCGUCGAGCCCGGGCCCCAAGUACAAACAAAGUCAGCUAUAACUUGUAUCUGAGUCUAAUUAGACGUGCUCUGUACAUAGACGACGCUAUACCUUAAACCAAGAGUUUCUAUUACGUGCGUGGCGUGAGAAACGGGGGUGAGCGCAAGCCACCCCCCUCCUCCUUUGUCGUGUAAUCGAUCGUCCCUCCGAGGAGGCUUCGAAGACGAUUCUUACAGGGUGAACCAGCGGAAAAAAUUAUUUAUUCGAGACGUUCGAAGGUGUUCAAUUGUUUUCGAAAGGGUAUGAAACCCUCGGGAAUCGGAGUCGGUCUUCGGAGGCCGGUGUGAGUAAUAUUAGAUAUUAAGCGUGUAUCCGUGAGAGAAAUCGUGCAAUUUUCAAAGUCUUUUUAUUAAACGAGAAUUCCGCGCGGGGACCAUUGGACGCCGAUUUUCUUCCCUCGCUUCUCUACGUUUCUUUCUUUCGAUCCUCGGCGCCGUUCUGCCUUUUCCACCGGUCGUCGAUCGCCUUCACACGCGCUACUGCUCCUAAGUGUCCGGACAGGUCGUAACGACAGCACGCAAAUUCUACCGUAGUAUAGAAAUUAACGGGAACUUAAUUGUCAGAAGCAGCGAUCACCGAUCUGCCAUCAUUUUUAACCCCUUUACCUACGAUUUACGUUCGAGAAUGCCCAUAAUAUUAAGGGCUAUGCCCUUAGUUGUGGGUUAAGGGGGUUAAAUGUAUUUGUAAAAGUGCAAUAACCUCUUGGGUACGAUGCGCCACUAUAGUGGCUUUCGCGGAUAUUCUACAUUACGGCGCGCCACCAUAGUGGCUUUCGCGGAUAUUCUGCAUUACGACGCGCCACCAUAGUGGCUUAGUCUACUGACUAAUUGGUUCACCGUUUGACCUAAUUUGCCUUGCUUCACACUUUUUUACCCUCGCAAUGUUUUUGGACAGUGUUAGCAAUAUAUAAUUUGUUUCUGAUACGCCAGUGUCAGGUAUCAAUUGUUGCUUCUCGUUAAAAUGAAUAUACCAUUGUUAGACGCUGUUUUUAACAUGCUCACCCGUACCCUUAUAAUUUUGUAGAAUCUGAAAAUGGCGCUUGGGAAUAGAAAACAAAGAGCAAUUUGAAAAACACUGACGCGAAAAUUCUGACGUGGGUGAAUGCGUCGUACCGUGCUUUAAAACAUAUCACACUCAAUCGUAUUAUUAACAGCCUCGCUUUCGCCUAAUUCAGAUCGAUCUUCUUCGGAGGUAUCCUCAGAACAAUCUUCGUUGAUGUUGACAAUUUCGUUUAAUAUCUUAUUAUAUCUGCUGGAUUUACUCAUGGUUGCUGGAAAAGGGGUCGAAGGAAGAAAAUACUAUGCUCAAAUUCAAAUAUCCUAUUAUUUGCAAAUACUUGACAAUAACGGGAAACGUCUACCAAGUUCAGUUAUCACUGAAACUUUUGCACACUGUGCUUGAAAAACGGUUGGUUUAUGAAGUCAGCUAGUCAAUUUCACGGGUUUCGCAGAGAAAGAUAUAUUACAUACAGAUUUGAAAAAUUAGAAAGCCUCGGAAAAGAUAAUUCUUUGGAUGAAAUGAUUAAUUUACGAUGAAAACUGGUUAAAAUUGAUCCUAUGGUUUUUAGGAUAUUUCAUUUCGGAGUUUGAAAUCCCGGAAACUUAAUGUUAAUUAUCAAAGUAAAUUAUUCGAGUCUCGGUAUAUGCAUCGUACGUUUAAGGAAAAUUAUGAUUUAGUUAUCAAACACAUGGUUGCGAUGUGUUUGCAUGUGCAGGAAACAACAUCAUCCGCCACACAUUGCCGUGCUGUACGUGUUACGCGUAAUUCGCGUCAAACUCUGCCGUGCAAAGAAACAUCUUCGCGCAAAAUUCCCAAGAGGUUAAAGGCGUAACGAUCAUACAUUUUGCUAUCCAUUGCGUACACUGCCACGUACUAUACCGUUCAAACGUGAAAGUUUGAGUCAUUGGAGCUGCUCGUUCGGCGAUCGAAGAACCUAAGGAUGAAAAGUCGCGAAAUAAAAUAAUUGUAUACGGUGUGGCAAUAGAAAAUUGCGUGUUUAUUGUAGCUACAUCGGCGUUUGAAAAUCAAUCGAUCGAAUUUUCUAUUAGCCGAUUACGAAGAGCAACGUCACCGAGUUUCAACGUAGUUUUAUAAUUAAAAUACGUCGUAUCGAAGAGAAGCAAAUGUCCGGACGCUUUCGAGCGCUGUAUCUGUUUCGCUUUGCGAGGAUCCUGCGAUUAUUCACAGCGACGGCGGAGAAAACGUUUCGACUCUCGAAAUAAUUCCGCGAAAUCUAUAGAUUCUCGUAGUCUUGGGCAAAUUUCUCACGAACUCGUUACGUUCGUUAGCGUUGUGAAACGUUUUCUGUUGCCACGAAUAUCUCACGUCGAUCCGCGGCUUCUCCAUCUUCAACUCGUAUCACUCGACCGUCGAACAGUUUGGCUCGGCGUUUUAAUUUUCCCACUUCCGAUCGAAUUUAAUUUUACUUUGUCGUAGGGAAAAUUCAAGCUAAGAAAGUUCAAUAUCCUAAACGCGAAUAAUAAAUUAUUGUCGUCUGCGAAUAUUUAUGGAAAUUGGUAUUUUUGUGAAUAUUAUUUACGAAAUGGAACUAGGAUAGGCAAAUGUUUCGUCUGUAUCGUACACAGCCGCAUUUUCGAUAUUUCCCAUUUCAAUAUUCGCAUGUUACGUGCAUUCUUCUAUCCUCAAAUUUGCCCCAAGCGUACAUUUUAAAAUUCACCGUCUACUGAUCUGUAAUCAGUAAAUCAACAACACUGUUUUCAAGGUUAAUGACACGCGAUUUCUCCACUCAAACUUAGUUUCACCGUUCUUUAAUCGCGCACCAUUUUUACAUUUACUUUUCUACGUUUCCCUCUUCCCCAUUUUAAAUGGCAGAACAGCUUUCCACCGCUCGUCGACGAUACGCGACAGCGCUAAGGGAAACACUCCGGUGACUUGGUACUUGCAGAUAAUUUUCUUAUUUUUCCCCAUUUCCGUCACUCGCUUACGGCCACUAGCCGUUCGCGGACGAGACCACUCGACGUGCGAGCGUCGCUGUUGAUCGUUUUCCUUGUUCCUUGUCCAGGCUUGUAUUAUUUUUGUCAACGAUUAAUUUAUCAUCGUUAUCACUGUUACUAGAAACAUUUAAACGUCUUCUACCUUGUCGGCUUCGAAAUAAUAUUCGUCAUCGCCACUAUCACAAUCGAACAUGUUCUUUCUGGGUCUUUAAAAAAAAAAUAUACAGGGUGGUUGGUAACAAGCGGAAAGGGGGUGAUUCUACGCGAAAAAAGAAGUCGAAAAUAUAGAAUAAAAAUUUGUCGUUCGAGGCUUUGUUUCCGAGAAAAUCGACUUUGAAUUUUCGCUCGGUACGCGUGCGGCACGUUAUAACGUAUCUCACUGUAGACCGUUGUCUCGAUGGAAAAAUUAAAAAAAAAAAAUUUUUAUUCUAUAUUUUCGCUUGUACCACCAGUUACCAACCACACAGUAUAUUAACAAAAUUUAUAAAAAGCUUGCUGAGUCGUUUGGUAAUGCCACUGAAAGGUUGAAAUUCGUUCUGACUCGACUAGCAUGCCGUAUCGCGAGCUUACGUUAAACGCAAGAGAAGGUCUCCAAAGAUCUACAACUUUCUUUCAUCAAAAACGCAAUACUAUUUUGUUUACUAAAAAAAAUAUCGGUCAGAAAAAUAGACGUAGGCCAGCUACUUGAAAAUAAGUUGAAAAUAAGGAACUGUGACACGCGUGCGGAACUGCAAAAAGACUCGCGCGGCUAUUUGCCGACACUCGUCCGCGAAGGGCUAGUUGUUCUUUCGUAAGCUCGAGCGAGAUUUGGCGAAGCUCGAUUUGAGGAAGCUCGCGAAACAGAUUUCGCGCGAGCGACGUUCCGUCGUCUUUUGUCGCGUGGCGCGCGCAACGCUCUCCCCAAUUUUUCCGCCGGGAAAUCGGCGUCCAGUGGUCCGAGCGUCGCGUCGUGUGUCGUACUGGUUUAGCGAUAGCGAGCAACAAGUUAGGUGUAUAAAGCACACGUAGAGAAGUCGGUAAAUUAUAUGGAACUUCCGGUGAUCCAGAUCGCGAGUCGAUCGUCCCCGUCGAGAAAUCGAAAUUCUCGAUUCGAUAGAAGAAAAAGAAAAAGAGAAAAAGAAAGGAAAAAAAAAUAAGAGAAGAUAGAGAGGAUAAAAGAGAAGGAAGACAGGGACUGGACACGAGAGACGGAGCACUGGGCAGAAAUGCAAAAGCGAAAAUACAAAAAAAAAAAAAGAGAGAUAAUUAAAUAAUAAGGAUGAAGAAAACUAGGGUAAAGAAAACGAAAAAGUCGCGCUGUAAAUUUUGUAUCUUCGAGAUUGUGUACCGUUAUCAUUGUAAUAAUAGUAUAUAUAUAUAAAUAUUAUAAAUAUAUAUAUAUGAAUAUAAACGAAAAAGUCUAUAUAUACAAAGAUGAAUAUAAAUAUAUAUAUAUAUAAAUAUAAAUAUUAUAAAUAUUAUAAAUAAUAGUUGAGGUGUGUGUGGAUGAUGGUGUGCGUGGAUCGUGCGUGCGUGCGUGAGUGGAGGCGCGCGACUGGCGAAAAGCAAAAUGAAGUGAAAAGGGUGGGGAGGAAAGAGAGGAGUAAAAGUGAUUGUGCAUAAAUUAGCGGUUAAUUGCGCAUCGUAAGAUUUGCAUCUAGAUAGUCGGAGCGCGCGAUGGUAAUUAAAACGAUUUAUCGCGAGCGAGAAAGGUUAAUAGCCGUGAAUGACGAUUAUCAUUAUUAUUCUUAUUACUAUUAUCGUGGUCGUCGAUCGGCCGGUAUCGCCGAUUAUUCAUUAAUCUCUCCUUCUAAUUAAUUAAUUAAUCGCGCGGGCACACUCGGCACGAGCCGGCCAGAUUCGUCGCAAUUGCGAUCCUUUCUUUUCUCGAUCUUGCUAGGCCGUGAACAUCGCAAAACGGCACCCUCCGUUCUUCGCCAUCUCGCCACCCCUUCGAACAUCCGAUCUUUCGUCUCUUCCCUCGUGCGAGCUUCUUUUCAAACUUUCCCAUCGGUAUCCUCCGCGUUCGAUUUUCAUUCGCAACGCGGAUCAACGUAGAUUUUUCUGUCUUUGGAAGUACGUUGCCGGCCAUAAGAGCGCGGACAACCGAUGAAAAUUGUUUCGUAGAGAUACGAACGACGCUGCUUUCGUUUCUUAAUUACUUCAUUACUCUUACGCUCGAGUGUUACACACGCGCCAUAUAAUUAGACCGCGGUUGUUUACGCGUUUCUUUCUCUACGCAAACGUCAGAUUUCGAAAAUUUACAACACGCGUAUCAUACGCAACAACCUACGAUAUUUAGAGUACACGUUGUGAUUCGACGCUAGCGGGCGAAACGAAAUUUCUACUUAAAUUUCUCCUCUAUUUAGAUGCCAUUUGUUCGUGGCCGUAGAAAUAGAAAAGCACGUAAACAACCACGGUCUACUUGUAAUUCGACUUGUUCGAGUAAAAUUUGUUCCAGUCGUUCGAUAGACGUAACCAGCAGCUGUCCCUGUGCCUAUGACCGGCGAUGUACGAAAAUAUAUUCGUAGGUUUCCAAUUUUGCAGUAGUUUCGAGCCGCGAUGGCAAUUAUUUUACACUCGAGAAACGAUAUGUAAAAGAAAUUCGAGUAAUACACUGUCGUACGCUUAGUCGUGCAGUUGCUUGAAAUUCUUUGCGAUAUCGUUUUCCAGAUGUAACGUAACGAGAGACAGAGAGAUCCAUCGGACUGGAAACUUUUGCUCGUCACCGCGUCGUCCUUGCAGAUUCCUCGCGAAAUCGAUUCGCGCGAAAGCUUUCGAAGCGAAGGUUUGCAAAGCCGAUUACUCGGAUUCCGUGCGAGCCGAUCAGAUAGCGAGAUUGAAAGACAGACGCGGUGGAUCGAUUGUUCGAGAUCGCUUCGUUCGAAGAGAUGGCGGGCGACCUGGAACGGCGUGGUGGCUUCGAAAAGCAUCGAGACGAGGGAAACGAGAGAAAAGGAGAAGGAAAAAGAAAAGACUGACGAGAAGAGGAGGGAGAAAGGGCGGCGGAUGUUGCACCGCGGCCCCUUUUUUCGCGGAAUGAGACGAAGAGACGCAGACGGCGGAGAGAGGACAGAUUAUUCUAAUAAAAUAGUAUUAUUAGGGUGUAGCGUGUAGACUGUAUAAAGAAACACAAAGGCGAUCACACAGAAACACAGACACAGGAAACGCGGAGGAAACGGAGAGGGGAAAGAGCGCAAGUACGAUGAUUCGGAAGGCUGGACGUUUAGAAGAUGAGCAGCAGGGAUGUCACUGGAGGCCGAAAGUGAAUUCAACGACGCAAGUUUCGUGGAGAUACUGAUUUCGUGAACAUGUAUAAAGCGACAUUGUAAGAUAUCGUUGUAAAAAAAGGUUUUAACUUAAAAUAAAUUAACGAUAAUUCACGCAUAAA